AAAAAAACAAAAAAAACCGCGAGCUUGUGAGACAUAAGAGAGAAGACGAACAGAGUGUUCACAAACCCUAACAUUUCAGAAAGACGAUUACUCGAUAACACAGAAGAGAGAUUAAAUGGUAAAUCUCAUGCGGAAGUUCGCAAAAUCGAUUGGUAGACCGGGAACAGAAUUUUGGAGAGGGGAAGAUAUGAUAAGCGCAUUACCUGAUCAUUUGCUAUGUCAUAUACUUAUUUUUCUUUCUACUGAUGAAUCUGUUUUGACGAGUGUUUUGUCUUCUAGAUGGAGAAAUCUCUGGAAAUGGGUUCCUAGGUUAGACUUAAACACCUCUGAUUUCCCAUACCCUAAUGACGUAACUUGUGCGGCUUUCAUCGACAAGUUUCUGAAUCUUUAUAACGAAUCCUACUUGCGGGAAUUCAAGUUAAGAAUUGACCAAGCUAACUUUCGCAGUAAUGUAUCUCUUUAUGAGCCGUGUCUUGGUGUAGUGAUUAAGAAGCCCAACGUUCGGCAUUUCCAAGUUGAGAGUGAUCUGCUUGAGCAUUGGUGCACUAGUGAGAUACGAUUAACCCUUUCUGCUUGCCAGGCAUUGGUAUGCUUAAAGCUCCAUUUAGUAUGGCUGAAUGACUUUGAGUCUCUAUCUUUGCCCUGUCUCAAGAUCAUGUACUUGGAAGACGUUGUAUUUCCUAGCGAUGCGGCUGCAGAGACGCUAAUCUCGUGCUCUCCGGUUCUUGAAGAUUUAAAACUAAGCCUCCAUAGAGAUGAUGUUGUAGUUGUUCUACGUGUCUACUCACAGUCACUAAAGAGCUUCACUCUAAAACGGGCGGUUCCUGUUUAUGCUAUAAACGGUGCACAUACAGUGUUGGUCGAUACUCCGAGGCUUGUGUAUAUGAGUCUCAUAGAUUACCAAUUCAAAAGCUUCAAGAUAAUCAGCAUGAGUGACUAUGUCAAGGUUGAUCUUGAUGUCGACUUUGAACUGAUGCGUGAUGAAUUAUCGGAAAGAAAUAUUGUCUAUGAUCUUCUCAACAAUUUUUCAGGUGUUAGAAAUAUGACCAUCUCGUGGACAACUCUUAAGUUUAUCCAUAGAUUCCAUGACAUGAACCCACUACCCAAAUUUCGUGACUUGACCCGUUUGCGUGCAACUAUGUCCUCAGACGCCUCUCUGGAAGUGUUGCGAAUCGUUCUUGAGAGCUGCCCGAAGCUGAAACACUUUCACUUCACCUUGGAAUUGGUUAAUGAUUUUCCAGAGGCAGUAAUAACUGGAUUCUCGAGAGUGUUACCUCGUUGUUUGGUAUUUUCCCUUGAAUCCGUUGAAAUGGAAAGCCCGAUCACGGAGAAAGCAACGGAACUGAAACUGGUAAGAUACUUUCUGGAGAACUCAGCAACACUCAAGAAGCUUGUUCUACUUCUGAAUCAUGAGUCUACUGGAGAGAAACACGAGCCUGGUGUCUUGAAACAACUCAUUGAAUCUCCAAGACGCUCUAGUUUGUGUCAAUUUGAAGUUCUUGCAGUGCCUCCAAAUCCGGAACCGUGGUGGAUUUAUGUAAAACCCCAGAGGUUUCUUUAGUGCUAUCGCUGAUGAAAUUCUCAUACCUUCCUUUAUGUUACUCUAUUUUUAUUACGUCUAUGUUGUAACCUACAUCAAAGUUGCAUUUGACAAAGGAAGGGGACGGUCUAGUCCAAAAGUUUGCCACUAGGUUCCACUACCUCAUGUCGUUCGUUUGAAUCACCAUCUUGUGCAAGUAGCUUGAAUCCAUUCUUUUACAUCCGCUUGGAAUUUGUAAAACUACUCUGGAAGAGUUUUUGGUAUUUUGUAAUGCCUUGGGUCUUUUGAAAGUCUAAAAAUGUGGGAUAUGUUUUCGGAGAUUUGUGAUAUUGUUAAAGGGAUAUUUUGACAGUCUCUAAAUCUUCAUGGAAAAAGGGCAAGUGAAGAGGGUAUACUUGAUGCUUCUCUUCGGAAAGGCAACAUAUUUGGCACAGUCGAUUAAUCUGAAUUCCUCUUGAAUUGAUUGUUCUUUGGUAAGGUUGGUAAUUUCCAUACUGAGUUCUACAAAGAAACAGAGUCUACAUUAGACGGAGGAUCAUGAGUAAGAUAACCAAUAACACUAGUUCAAAA